AUGAUGAGUACUUGGGAUAUUUUUUUCUGGUUAUUUCUUUUGAUAUUUCUUGUGGUGCCUGUCCUUUAUUCCUUCAGUGGGGCCUUCCGAUAUUAUGUGAAAAUCGGCAUCUAUUACGCGAUUGUCCUUUCUCUGGCUACUUUCAUCUGUGUCUUCGGAUGGUACAAACCAUUCCAUGUCGACAAUUAUAAGAUUUUGAAAAAUUCCUUUUGGUGUGUGAAGUAUAUUCUUGGAAUAGAAAUGGAAGUGAGAGGGAAAAAGAACUUGGAUAUUAUCGAUGGUCCUUACAUCAUUACUUGUAAUCAUCAGAGCUCCUUGGAUUUUAUGGGUAUGAUGGAGAUCUGGCCUGACCGUUGUACAAGCUUAGCCAAAAAAGAGCUCCGCUAUGCUGGAGUGUUUGGAGUUGCAGCCUGGCUCUGUGGCACAAUCUUUAUUGAUAGACUCAAUCAUGAGAAAGCACUGAAGACAAUGGUGGAUACUGCCAAUACUAUUAAAGAAAGAAAUAUUCGCUUGUACACAUUCCCUGAGGGUACAAGAAACCGUGAUGGACACAUGUUGCCAUUCAAGAAGGGAGUAUUUCAUUUAGCAGUCCAAUCACAGGUCCCAAUUAUUCCUGUAAUAUUCUCUUCAUUUCAACAGUUUUACAACAAAAGUGAUAAAAGAUUAGAAACAGGCAAAGUGAUCAUUUCUAUCUUGCCACCGAUUUCUACAGAAAACCUCAAGUCAACUGAUGUGACAGAUUUGUGCAACAAAAAAGCUCACAUGCAGAAUGUCUUUCAGGAAAAGAUGACAGUGGUUGACAAAUCAGCAGCUUGA